CGCCUACUUCCACCUGCCCGCCACUACACUCGACAGCUCGUCGACGCACAUUAGUUUAACAACCUCACCAACCUAACAACUACCCAUCAAACAUGUCUGGCCGUGGAAAGGGUGGCAAGGGUCUCGGAAAGGGUGGUGCUAAGCGUCACCGCAAGAUUCUUCGUGAUAACAUCCAGGGUAUCACCAAGCCCGCCAUUCGUCGUCUUGCUCGCCGUGGAGGUGUCAAGCGUAUCUCCGGUCUCAUCUACGAGGAGACCCGUGGUGUCCUCAAAAUCUUCUUGGAGAACGUCAUUCGUGACUCUGUCACCUACACUGAGCACGCUAAGCGGAAAACGGUGACGGCAUUGGACGUCGUCUACGCCUUGAAGCGUUCUGGCCGCACACUCUACGGUUUCGGUGCGUAGAGGGGGCCGGCGUUGUAUGUAGCUCGGAUAUUCUUCGGUGUAUUAUUAGCUAGUGUAGAACAGGACGAGUUAUAAUGGGCUACUCCUGAUGCCUGCAGGCGUGGGUGUGAUUGGGGCGUGAAACAAAGUGGGGGCAGCGAUGCUUCGAGCAAUGAUAGUCGCACUGUGUACACGGAUCUCUAUGCGUCUGUUUCAACUACUUUCUCUGUGGCCUCAUUCCAAUCAUCUUCCUAUCUCUGUUGAUGAUGUGGCAGCGUUCCAGCGGUGCCUGGCGGGGACUACCCUGUCUAAUACCGUCAGGCUGACCGACCGAGAAGUGGGGAUGGAUGCAGUGUUCUGUCUGAUAGCUUGCGACGCCUGCAGCGCUUGGGCGAACCCGACGGUGAUUUCUCUGGGAUUCCUGC